AUGGCCCUCUGCGAUCUCUUCAACAACAGUGGCUUUCGCCACUAUGCCACCGGCACCCCCUGCUUUGACGCCCACGAUGCACUGCGGGACCCGAUCACCCCCUGCGAGGCCUCCGUGGCCUCUGGCAGCAGCUGCUUUGAUGAUAACUGCACCAUGAGCUCCAAAGACCUGUUUGGUGCCAGCAGCAGCAGCAGCAGCAGCGCCGACUCCACCGACGAGCCCUCGCUGCCGCUGCCCAGGUCCUGGUUUGCACGGCUCUCCCCGCAGGUGCCCUCCUGCGGCAUCGCCGACACACCCGGCGGCCCCAGCGGCGGCGGCGACUUCAGCAGCAAGGAGGACCUAGCCUACUUCAACGAGCGCCACCGCGCGCGGCUGCUGAGCGCCGGCUUCAGUGACGACGAGCUGUGCUACGACGACGGCGGCCUGCUGCUGGGGCCAAUCCCCUUUGACUGCGGCAGCAACGACGGCGCCGGCGGUGCCGGCGGCGCCCCCGCGCCGCAGCCCGACUGCCCCGUCGUGGUGGACGAGCAGGACAGCAUCAGCGCCGCGCCCGGCGCGUACGACGCCGCGUUUGCCGACGAAAUCGACGCCUUCUUCGCCGCCGCCGGCGAGGCGCCCUUCAACGCCUGGCGGCAGGCGCCCGAGGAGCCCUUCAGCUUUGCGGCGGCGGCGGGCCCCAGCGGCCUGGGCAGCGUGGUCGGCGGCGGCUCCCUGUCCCUCUUCAUGGGCGCCCCCCUGGACCUGGAGGUGUUCCCGGCCCCCACAGCCGGUGGCGCCUGCGCCGCCGUGGCGGACGAGCAGGUGGCCAUCAGCGCCGCGCCGGGCGCCAGCGCCGGGAGCGGCGCCGAGGGUUGGCCCGCCUUUGACUUCACCUUUGCCAGGUUCGGCGCCGAGGGCUGCUGCUGCUGGAUCGGCGGCGAUGUCUUUGCCGCCGCUAGCAGCGGCAGCGGCAGCGACAGCGGCGGCGGCGACGACAGCGGCAGCGGCAGCAAUGAGGGCGGCAGCGGCAGCGGCGGCGGCAACAGCAGCGGCGGCAUCGGCGGCGGCAGUAUCGGCGGCGGCGGCAACAGCAGCGUCGGCGGCGGCAUCGGCGGCGUCGGCGCCGGCCUCUCGGCGGGCCGGCCUCCAAUUGGUGGCGCCGCUGUGGCAGCCGCGGGUCGCCCCAAGACCCGCGCGCCGCGGGCGCCUCGCGCCGCGCCGGAGCCGGUCGCGGCGCGGACGCGCCGCCAGCUUCGCGCGCGGGCGGAGGCGGCGCAGCCCGUCUCCGCGCGGACGCGGUCCAAGGGCGGCGGGGCCGGCGCUAGCGCCGCGGCGUGA